CUCUGCUCCUGGCCGCCCGCGCUCGCAUCCAUUUCGUGCGAGUUCCUUCUCUCCCCGGGCCGUGCUCCACCUCUCUUCCUUCUGACCUGGGUCUUCGGGAGGUGGUAGCGGGGUCUCGCGGGACUUGCCUGCCUGGGGAGAGGUGUUGGGGUUCUUUGAGAGGACUUAAGUUUUCCUUCCGUCUUUUCCUCUCCAGUUUUAGAGGACAAGUCCAGCCCGCCUUGUACAGUAAAACCCUGAGAAUGUAGUGAGAUUGGGCACUAGUUUAACGAGGAAUAGGGGACCAAGUUUCCUAACCUCGAAUCUUUUCCACUUCUGACACCGGGCUGCCUCUGAGGGCAUCCACCUGCUGGUCACCUUUAACUAUUGCCCAGUCCCGGAUCCCCUCUCCUAUGGUUACUAUUUUAUAGGCUCCCUGAGGUGGGAUUCCUCUGAUUCUCAAUAAAUACUUAUCAGGUUCUUGAUGUGUUUGUUACUGAGCCCAACUGUUCUCAGAACAACUCCUGCAUCCAGUUAAGAGAAAAAAGACCUCUUUAGAUCCCUAAAUCUCUGGGAAUGCUGCUUCGUCUGGGAAUGCUGCUUCCACAGUGCACACCAGGCCAUGACAGGCUGGUUGAAAUUUUGUGCCUAGUUUUAUGAAUAUUAUCUUUAUGUCACACAUUUCGGCACUCCUUCCUCCAGAUCCUCUAUUUUGGAUCUGCUUAUUUUAUUGCUCUUUUCACACUGAAUCAUGACCAUUACCGGAUAUUGUAAUCUUCAAGGUGGAGGGCUGUGUUUUACUUCUCUGGCACUGGUGUCCAACACAUAGUAAAGUAUUUUAAAUGCUGUCUCGCCUUAGGAGCUUGGCAGCUAACCUAUUAAAGUCUCCAUUUCUUUCUCUGUAAAAUGGGAACUGUAAGUAGUACCUUCCUCUUAAGUUUGCAAAUAUAGGUGUCCUGAUGUCAGUUAAAUCCUCAACAUGGAACUUACAAGCGGUGCUUCGUAAAUUUUCGUGACCUUGUCCAGUAGAAGGCUAUUUUAUUUUUACAACUGUUCAAGUAUUGACAUACAAGAUGAAGCAAGAUGCCACAAGAAAUGCUGCCUACACUGUGGAUUGUGAAGAUUAUGUGCAUGUGGUAGAAUUUAAUCCCUUUGAGAGUGGGGAUUCAGGAAACCUAAUUGCAUAUGGUGGCAGUAAUUAUGUGGUCAUUGGCACGUGUACAUUUCAGGAAGAAGAAGCAGAUGUGGACGGAAUUCAGUAUAAAACACUACGAACAUUUCAGCAUGGAGUCAGGGUUGAUGGCAUAGCUUGGAGCCCAGAAACUAGACUUGAUUCAUUGCCUCCAAUAAUCAAAUUUUGUACUUCAGCUGCUGAUAUGAAAAUAAGGUUGUUUACUUCAGACCUUCAAGAUAAAAAUGAAUACAAGAUUUUAGAGGGCCAUUCAGAUUUCAUUAAUGGUUUGGUGUUUGAGCCCAAAGAGGGCCAAGAACUUGCAAGUGUGAGUGAUGAUCAUACCUGCAGGAUUUGGAACUUGGAAGGAAUGCAGACAGCUCAUUUUGUUCUUCAUUCCCCGGGAAUGAGUGUGUGCUGGCAUCCUGAGGAAACUUUUAAGCUGAUGGUUGCAGAGAAGAAUGGAACAAUCCGGUUUUAUGAUCUUUUGGCUCAACAGGCUAUUUUAUCUCUUGAAUCAGAACAGAUGCCAUUAAUGUCAGCUCACUGGUGCUUAAAAAACACCUUCAAAGUUGGAGCUGUUGCAGGAAAUGAUUGGUUAAUUUGGGAUAUUACUCGAUCCAGUUAUCCUCAAGAUAAGAGACCUGUCCACAUGGAUCAAGCCUGCUUAUUCAGGUGGUCUACAGUUAAUGAGAACUUGUUUGCAACAACUGGUUAUCCUGGCAAAAUGGCAAGCCAGUUUCAAAUUCAUCAUUUAGGACACCCUCAGCCUGUCCUCAUUGGUUCUGUAGCCGUCGGAUCUGGCCUUUCCUGGCAUAGAACUCUUCCACUGUGUGCAAUUGGAGGAGACCACAAGCUGUUGUUUUGGGUAACUGAAAUGUAAAACAAAUUUUCUUUGUACCUUAGAUGCAUAAACUUUGUAUUUUUAAUACAUAUUUUGGAGAACUCCCUAUUUUUAUAUCAAAUAUACUGUAAGCUCUAGUAAUGUCCCAGUUGUUGCUUUUGUUAAAUAAAAUGUUAAUGGUUUGAAAAAU